AUGAUAUUCGCCAUACUGCCUGUAAUUAAAAAAGUAUUCGUACUAUUGUCAUGUACAUUCUUUGGGCUCAGUUGUGGAACUCUAUAUCUAUAUUCAUCAUAUAGUCCACAAUUGGCAAAACAACUACAUUAUACCGUGUCUGAUUCUUCAACUAUAGCCCUUGUUGGGAAUUUCGGAGCUUCUGUAAGUGGUCCAUUAGCAGGUUUAGUAGUGGAUAGAAAAGGUUAUUCAACUUCUUUAUCCAUAGGAGGUACCUUCAUUGCAUUCGGUUACUUUGGAUUGAAACAACAAUUUGAUAAUGAAUAUAAUAAUGUCCAUUUAUCUGCUCUAUUAUUAUUAUUAGUAGGUUCAGGAUCAACGUUUAUAAAUUAUGCAUGUUUAAAAUGUUGUGCUAUAAGUUUCCCAAGUAUAAGAGGAGUAGCAACUUCAUUACCUUUAUCAUUAUAUGGUUUAAGUGCUUUAUUUUAUUCCGUAAUUGCAUCAUUAUUUUUCCCUGGUGAUACAUCAUCAUUCCUUGGGUUUUUAGCUUAUUCUUCCAUUGUCAUAUUUGCUAUAUGUGCUCCUGCUAUAAUGUUAUGUGAUGUCGAACAUAAUCCAAGAAGAUCAAAUCUUUUAAAUAAAUCUCAGCCUGAUCAACAUCAUCAUCGUAAUCGAGAAAUGAGAUCUCCUUCUCCUGAACUAACAAAUAUCACCGGUAUAAGAUUAUUUAAUUCUUAUAAAUUCUGGUUAAUCUUUUUCACUACUGGUUCGUUGGCUUCAUUGGGUCAAAUGUAUAUAUAUUCAGUAGGAUAUAUGGUGAAAGCAUUAAUAAGUUUUAAAUUAUUAGGACUUGAAAUCAAUAAUGAUAUUAUUAUUCAACGUGAUCAACAAUAUCAAGUCGGUUUAAUAUCAAUAGCAAAUUGUAUAGGAAGAAUCUUAAGUGGGAUCUUAGGUGAUAUCAUAACUCAAUCAUUUGGAAAACCAAGAUCGUUAUUAUUAUUCUUUCCUACUGUUGGAUUAUUCAUAACUCAAUUAUUGGGAUUGAAUAUUCAAAAUGAUAGUGUAUUACCCUUUGAAUCAUUCUUUACUGGUUUAUUUUAUGGAUUCAUAUUUUGUAUUAUGCCAAUUAUAGUAGGUGAUAGUUUUGGUAUGGAGAAUUAUUCAUCAAAUUGGGGGAUAGUUUCAUUAGCUCCAAUAUUACCUAGUAUUUAUUUCACUAGUUUAUUUGGAAAGAUUUAUGAUUCAAAUUCAACAUUAGAUCCCAUAAACAAAGGUUUGAAGUGUGAAUUAGGUUAUCAUUGUUAUAAUUCAAUUUUCAGCUUAACUAUUAUCGUCAGUAUUAUAUCGAUUGUGGUGGUUACGUUAUUGAAUUUCGAUAAUGAAAUCCCCGAUUUCUUUGUGGUUAUGAAAUCUAAAAUAUCAUCAAAUCCAACUUUACCAAUAGCUCAUGAUAUGAAAGAGAAAGAUUCUAAUGAAAAAGUGAAUUAA